CUGUAUAGAGCUCACAGUUGAUCUUAUUAAUAUUCAAGACUCAUAUAAAGUUGCUACUAAAGAAAGACCUCCUAAACAUAGAUAUAUAAGCAGCAUCGAAAAGAAACAAGCUCGUAGUUCAAAUUCGACUUGCAGAUUCUACAAAUAUCAUACUUGUGGUCAACUUGGUCAUAAUUCUAUAUUUUAUAAAAGAGAUAUAGACAGUUAA